AUGGGUUCUCUCGAGUCUCCCGACAACUACCCCAGCACUAUGCCUCUCCCCAACCAUGACUGGCAGGUGGGUGUCAAGGACAAGGUCAUUGCCGUCACCGGUGCAAACCAAGGCAUUGGCCUGGGCAUCGCAGAGGUCUGCCUGCACAACGGCGCCGGCACGGUCUACUCGCUCGACAUCUCCCAGCCCGGCGAGGACUUCCAGGCCAUGCUGAAGAAGUUCCCCGGCCGGCUCGAGUUCAUCCACACCGACGUCACCUCGGAGGAGUCGGUCAAGUCGGCCGUCGACCAGAUCGCCGAGGCCAAGGGCCGCUUCGACGGCAUGGUCGCCAACGCCGGCGCCACCAAGCACCAGCCGGCGCUCGACUUCACCAUGGAGCAGGUCGAGAAGCUGUUCCGGCUCAACGUGUUCGGCGCGUGGAUCUGCGCCACCGCCGCCGCGCGCAAGUUCAUCGAGCUCAAGACCAAGGGCAGCAUCGUCUUCACCGCCAGCAUGACGAGCUACCGGCCCAACCGGGCGGCGCCCUCGGCGCCCUACGGCGGCACCAAGGCCGCCGUGCGCAACAUGACGCACACGCUGGCCAUGGAGUGGGCGCAGUACGGCAUCCGCGUCAACUCGAUCAGCCCCGGCUACGUCAAGACGGCGCUGACCUACUACGUCGAGACGAGCCCGGACUGGGGCACCAAGAUGAAGUACUACGGGGGCAUGCCGAGGCUGGCCCUGCCGCAGGAGCUGGGCGGUGCGUACGUGUACCUGCUGAGCGAUACUGCUACUUAUACCACUGGUAUCGACAUCCCGAUCGCUGGUAUCGUCGGUGGCUGGUAA